AUGUAGCGCUUACUAUACAUUGAGUUAUAAUAUAUACUUAGUUAUAUGCUGCUCCCCGAGAGUGCUCGGUGCGAUGCGGUAGCACUGGUUUAUUCCUUUCAUAUGAGUCAAAUUACGAUCCGACUAAGUUAGUAGAAAUGCCAUUGAAAUUCCACCACUGGGAUAUCUAAGUCGAUUUUUUAAUAUUUUGGAAAAUAUCUACAUAGAAAAAUUGGGAGGCUCGAAAUUUGUUUCAGACCUAUGGUUCCUUGGGUAUAAAUGCUUGUUAUGACCCAUAGAGCCAGAAUCGCGAUGUGCCUUUGAAGGUUUUUUCAGCCCCCUACAAAUUGACCCACUCUAAUAUAUAUUUGGUGAAUUAUCCACUUUAAUAGUAUCUUGACGACGAAAAGCACCAAAGAGCUGAGCGCAAUGAAUAUAAUUUUGAUCAUCCAGAUGCAUUUGACAUAAAUCUCAUGGUGGAUGUUUUGCGCAAACUCAAAGAAGGAAAAAAAGUUGACGUGCCGAUAUAUAAUUUUGUCACACAUCAACGUGAAGCUGCAACCAAAACUAUGUAUGGAGCAAAUGUCAUUAUUUUUGAAGGAAUUUUGGUAUUUCAUAGUCAAGAUAUAUUAGAUAUGUUAGAUAUGAAAGUAUUUGUCGACACAGAUGCCGAUAUACGUUUGGCUCGACGUUUAAAAAGAGAUAUUACAAUGAGAGGAAGAGAUAUAGAAGGAGUAAUCAAACAAUAUUCUAGUAUGGUAAAACCUGCAUACUGUAAUUAUAUUGCACCAACAAUGGCUCACGCAGAUAUCAUUGUUCCGCGUGGUGGAGAUAACAAAGUUGCAAUUCAAUUAAUUGUACAGCAUGUUCACACACAAUUACAAUUGGUAAAUUUAUAAGAAGUAUCACAGCGGACAGCAUAGAUCAAGAAAAAAUAUCAAAGUUUGAAAAUCGGUCCAACUUUUUUUUUUCUAAUAUUUUGCUAAACCGAAAACUGUUCAGAAAAGGUGUCAUAUUAUACCUAUUCAAUUUUUGAAUAGGUUUUAUUGGUUAGUGGAGCCUGAGAAUAAUCAUGACUCAAAUAUUUUUAAUUUGAAGAAUGAAAUAUGACAGCCUAAUAGUAAAACCGAAAUGGAAGAAAUUGAGCGUAAAAACAUGAUGCAAAUUCUUCAGCGAGAGAACUUUCAAAUUUUAGAACAAAAAAGUUUGUAAGGAGGGCAAAAACACAAUAUAUCGAAACAUUUGGGUGGAACAUUUUUUGAAUUUCGAGGCAUAUCUUGAUGGC